GGCAAAGGGAGGAGGGGAGGGGGGGGGGAGGAAGGCGAUCAAGCUGAUGUUGACAGUUGCGAAAAUGUGCGUGAUGAAAAACCCUCGGGAAUCAUUGCGCACGUGUUAACGAUGCCGAUCGCUUUGGUCACAUUGUCAAAAUAAACGUCACCCUUCCCCGAAAAUACGAUUGGGAUGGUAUCGAUGCUUCGUCGGCAUUAUUAAGAGGCUGAAGUGUCGCUUUCAACAUGGCGGUGUCGUCGUUCGCGCAGUCAUCCCGUGCGUUUCUCCGUUCGUGACCACGCUGGAUCAUCCUGGCUGCACGUAAUCCCAUCGGAUCGAACCGUUCUCGGAAUAUCGCACGAACGACGCACGCCUGCGUCCGGUUAAGAAAACAAAGUUAUACGGGUCGUUUUGUCGAUACAACGAUAAGAGGAACGAGUAUCGCUUGACAGCCACGAUUGACCUUCCUUCAAAAAGCGGUGGUACUACGUUCCAAUCCAGGACAAAUAUAUCAAGUUAUGUUAUCUUGAUAUAUAUAUUCAUACUGAAUAUCCGUUAAGUGUUUAACAAAGAGGAUCUUUUUUUCGCUCGAUUGCUCGAACAAAUGCUGUGACAUCGAAACAUGAAUCGACGCCUCGCAAUCCUCUCGUAGCAUUAUUUUUCUGCGGGAAAUUAAUAAAAAGCAACGAUUUAAAGCAACUCUUGACAUGUCCUGGUAAAAAUGUGUCUUGUAACAGCCUCUUCUUACACACACAUUGUUAUAUAAAUAAAAUAUUUUAUAUUUUAAAUUUUUACAUUGUGUUAUGAGAGAAUUUAUAUUUGACUUAUAACAAAUAACAGUCUAAUUAAUUAUUUUUAAAGAAAUUUAUAAACUUGCAUGAAACAACUGGAUUAAUUUAUAUAACAUGAAGAUUUUAUUAAUUUGUUUUUAUCCUAGAAAUAAAAAUGAAUAAAGUCUGUAUCAAGAAAAAGAUUCAAUUGAUAUAAUAUAAAUAUAGCUAUCAGUGGCUAAUAUUUAAUUUCAAAGUCAAGAAUUUGUUAUCAGAAGCAGUUUUAGCUCUCUUGGUGCAGCAAGUUUCAAGCUUGAGAGUCUAUUGUGCCUCAUCAUUUUAUUAAUUACUCAUCUUUCCUCGAGAGAAGAAGCAACUUUUUCACAGGUUCUCUCCUUUUCUUUUCUUGGAAACUUUUAAAUAUCUUUAAAUAUAUUACAAGAGAUUUGAAAAUGAAUCUAUUGAUUAGAUCUCUCUAGUGAUAUAACCUGCCAAAAUUUUAUAAAUAAAUAAACAUUUGGAUAUAAAGAGAGAGAGAGAGAGAGAGAGAUAGAGAUAAAAAAAAAGGAAAGAGGCCAAAAGCACCUAAUAGCUAGUAAGAGACUGCUUAUACAUAGAGAUAUUGUUCAAGUUAUACAUUGCCAACAUUAUUUUUUUUAUUUAUGUUUUCACAUAAAUCACUUUCAGUAUCGUUCUUAAGUUUGUUAAUAAGACCUUCCUGUUCAAUAAUAAUACUCAGUGUUCCUUGCAAGUUGCCUGAAUAAUUAUAAAGUCUCUGUUAAACUUUUAAUUACUAUAAUGGCUGAGACACAAAGAAUGACCGUAUAUGGAAGACAUCCUCCAUGUGCCAGUAAUAGUAGGUUGGAGGAGCGUCGUGCUAAGAGAUUGGCAUUGCGACACGAGAGAAAUCGAAAGCCAGAUAAACCGGAUGAUUUUGUGUGUUACGAAUCUAGUGAUGAUGAAGCGGAGACAGUGACCGAAGGCAAACAAUUUCUGAGAACGUCGUUCAACUUCGUAGAUUACGUGCGCGCACGCGAAACAAACACGCGCGAAGUGCGAAAAAUCAAUCAGGAAUAUGGUUCCCGACAUAUAUUAACGCACGAUCUAUUCAAGGAGUACUCGGUCAGCUUGAACAAUAUGAAUAAAGUGUUCUGUUCGCAAUGGUUGAGUGACAGACAAGUGGUAUUUGGUACAAAGUGCAAUAAGCUCAUGGUAUAUGAUGUGGCAACGCAGAAACUAGACCAGAUUCCGUCUCUUCACGGAAGACAACUUAGUCCGGGCGGCAAUGUUAUGCCCGAGCAGCAAUGCGGCAUACAUUCUGUUCAAAUUAAUCCUUCGAGGACUCUUUUAUCCACCGGAGCGAGAAAUAGUAAUGAAAUAGCGAUAUAUAGAUUACCGACUUUGGAUCCAGUUUGCGUCGGGGAGAGCGGUCAUAGGGAUUGGGUGUUUGACAUGUGUUGGCUUGACGAUGAAUUUUUAGUGUCAGGUUCUAGGGACACAAAAAUGGCACUGUGGCGUAUUGAUAGCGAUCUCGCUGAAGCUCCUGACAAAGCAGAUGUGCCUACACACAGAUUGAUUCAAGCUGUCUGUGUGAAGGAAUGCAAAUCUGCUCAGAAAGUACGAGCGCUGGCAUUUAAUAAAGCAUACAAGGAAAUCGCAGCAUUGACGCUCAAUAGCUUUAUACAUAUCUGGUCGGCCGAAUCCUUCAAACAGAAAAUAUCCAGAAAACUGCCAGCUUGCCAGGAAAAUGUUUGUCUCGCAGUACAAGACGAUGGUGUUUAUGCAAUAGGAUGUAGAUCUUAUACUCUUCUUCUGGAUGCCCGUACUUUGCAACCAAUUAAAAAGAUACCUUCAAGAUACAGUGGUUGUGGUAUUAGAUCAGCAAGUUUUCAAGGUUCUGUUCUAACUAUCGGAACUGGUCUAGGAAUGCUUAUGUUUUAUGAUGUCAGAGCUCAGAAAUAUCUAGAAUCUUCUAUAAACUCUAAUAGGACUGUUGUAUUAAAAGCUUCAAAAGGAUAUGUGUUUCCUGACGAAGAAUAUAUAGAUGGCUUUCAAAAUGUAAAAUAUACACCUGCUAUCUAUACCCACUGUUAUGAUGCAUCGGGUACCCGGCUAUUUACAGCAGGUGGUCCAUUGCCUGCGAAUCUAUACGGCAAUUACGCAGGAUUAUGGCAAUGAAGGUAUAAGAUUAAACGAAUUCAAUUAGUACGAUAAUUGCUAAAUUAAAUUAUUAGAACAAGUUUGUAUGUAUGUCGUGGAAGGCUAGAUUGCUUGAUUAUUUGACAAUUUGAUUAUAUGUGUUUAAUAUUUCUUUAAUGUUUUCGAAAAGGAUGCGCCUGAAAAGACGGUAAACUGGUUUUUUUAUUUGUAUUUUUGAGUUAUGCAAUUUGUUAAGUUUUAUUUUCCUUUUUUUUUUUUCAAAAUAUAUUUAGUCCAACACUGCACGAAAUUCGCAAAUAAAGACAAUAAUAUAUUACGUUAUAAAAUUUAUUAUAAUUUCAUUAUAAUUUCAUGAUUAAAUCAGAUCUAAAGAAAUUAAUUUAUCUUGUAAGAGAAAAAGGUUCUAUCUGAAAAAUAUAACGCUUCUUUCUGUUUUAAUAAUGUGAUAAUUCACGAUAUAUAAACAACUAAUUUACAAUUUACAAAUUUAUAUAUUUCGCGACUAUAUUAAAUAUUUAUUUAUAAAUCGAAAAAAAAAAAUCAACACUGGUCGCUAUUUUAUUAUGCGAAUGAUAAUUUAAGAAUAAUACUGAUGUUACGUUUAGAUACAUUAUGAAAUUAAGCCACACAUGCGCUCCAUUUCGAUAUUUUGUUUAAUAUGAUGUAAUUGUAGAAAUAUUCAUAUUAUUCUAAUAUUAAAAGAGCCUUAUAAAUUUUAUGAUUUUAUUUAAAAAAAAGAUUAAUUUAAAAAAAUCAAUAGUUGUGAAUAUAAUUUUUCGGAGUUGAUUGUGGAAUAUGUAGCGUUUAAUAAACAGUUGCGUUUAUGGAUAUUUAAUUCUCCAUUUUUCGUUUCAAUGCAGGGCAGCACUGACAGAUGGAUUAAAGUACUACUAAAAUUCAAUAUACCAUAAUUAUAUGUUUGAAAUUAUCAAAAAGAUAUUGUAAAAGGCUGCGAUUAAGUUAUUUUGGAAUGUUUGUACUCGUGAAAACAGCGCUUAUCAUCGAAUUUCUCUUGUCGGAUCUUUUCUCUCUAGUCCGAGUCUGAUAAAGCAAAUGUAUUAAAUGACAUGUGAAAUUUUAUGUUGUUAAAUAAGCGAAAUUGUGAUUUCCUCAUGCAAAUAUUAUAAUACAACAUGUAUAUGUAUGCAUUGUUACAAUUCUCCGAAUGUUAAUUGUAAUGCAGUUAGAGCUGUCGCGAUCAUAAAAAUUUCUCGAAAAGAAAUUUAUAGAUUUAUUCUUAAUUUAUAAUUUAAAACGAAGCAUGUGUGUGUAUGUCUUUAACGUGAUACAAGAGAGUGAAAAGAAUGAUUCAACGAACAUUAUAACGAUGAAUAUUAAAUUUUAUCAAAUAUAUUAUCGAGUUGUGUGUGUGAUAUUGAAAUCGGCCAACACACAAGAAACAGCAACAAUGAAUUCUUUCUAACACGUCAAGUUAUUUUAAAAGAAAAAUACUACCAAUAAACUUUCUAUCCACAUAUAAAUCUAUCUCGUGUCAUUGUUAUAUGACAUUGCAAAGUAAUCCCGACUAUAGAAUCUGCAACUUUUUAUUUACUACAUAUUAACUGCAUGUCCGACAAAGAGCGGCAUUUAGUAAAAUAAUAGUUUAAAAAAAAAAAAAAAAUUAUGAACUAUAUUAAUAGCACAAUUAUUUCUUAGGAAUAUUUUCAUUUCCUAAAAAUAUAUUUUAUAUUCAUUUCUCUAUAUCGUAGACUUAAUCACGAAUUAGUCAUAUUUUAUUUUCUUUAUCAGCAUUUGAAGUUUAGCUGAUAUUGAAUUUAGCGUGACUGUUCAAGUUUGACCAAGUUUGUUGUCGAGCGUGUCGCCAGCUUUUGCCAUGGCGUUCCGCCCGUUUAGGAAAUAUUAUCGAUUAAAAAGCUUAUGCAUUUAACAAAAAAAGACGUCGAUAUACAUAAUCUAUUUGAUUGUAUAAAUGCCGCUUGUAUGUGCAAUCGAGAGAAAAAGAGAGCAUUUGUCUUUACUUUUUACUAUAUAUGCAUGUACCAUAUAUAUCCCAUCUCGUCUCAUCUUAUAAUAAUAAUGUUAGUCGAUAGAAUUCGACAAUUUUAUGUCGAACAAGCUCAAAUUCGAUUCAGGUAGUAAGGCUCCUUCGGUUCAGUGAUGUAUAUGCUGCAUAUAAUGCGGUGUACUUAAACGCGAGAUAAGAUUUAUCCAUUCAAUCGUCAAAUGAUAACACAUCGCGAAUGCGUGUGUUAAAUCAUCAUAUACUACAUAACGGAUGUAUAUAUGUUAACAAUUUAUAUAUUUCUGACCUGCACACACGCACACACACACACACACACACACAUAUAUAUAUAUAUAUAUAUAUAUAUAUAUAAAAUUUAUAAGAAAUUAUGAGUUGUUAACAUGAAAUAAUUACAGAGUGUUGCGCGAAACUAUAUAAGGUAAAUUAAUGCGUGCAUUGUAUCCGAUAGCUCUGUAGUCUCCCAGAGAUACACACUCAUCUCUCCAUGUAAACGAUCCGAUAAACAUACGUAUACAUGUAGUAUUGGAGGAUAUGAAGCCGCAUCGAUAUUUAUUUCGUCAAGAAGAGAGAGAGAGAGAGAGAGAACCGUCAUUAUGAUAUAAUCGCGAAGAAUACUAGCGUAUUACACUCCACAUGUGUGUGCGUUCAUGAUAUAUAUACUUAGAAAUAUUUAAAUACAAUAUUUUGACGUUCUUGACGGAUUAAAAUAUUGUAUGCAAAAGUUCAUAAGUAUCUCAUAUUUGCUGAUGCGCAGGUAUUUAAUAUUCGAUAUUUUCGACAGAAACGUUCACAGCAUCUCUAAUAGCCUAUUUUUAUAAACAAGCAAUAGUUAACGGAUAGCUUUUCCGGAGACCUUCUAUCGUUUCAUAUCCAGAGAUUGUUUGGAAAUAUGUAAGAAUACACACAAAUCUUCAAACUGCUGCCAUUCCUUUGAUAUAUAUUUCAUUUCAUAAAAAAUAAUACACAAAUAAUAAAUGAAUGUACGGUUUUAUACUUAAAACAUGAGAAAACAUAUUUAUACGAUGCAUCGAUGACGCGUUCCGAAUCUUUCAGUUGCGUCAUCUUAACAAUAGCUCUCAUUGUAACGAUAAACAUGUGUGGCAGAGUUUGUAAAUUUCACAACCUUUGGCAGAGUUGUAAAUUGAUAAUUUACCAUGACACGAAGAUACCUUUGCGCGUUUACGAAAACGAAUGGCGAAAAUGGCGAAUGAACUAUAUCAUUGUAACUUUAUAUAUUUGUGCGACUUCGUAUAUCUAUGUAAAUAAAUAUACCAAGCUCUUGAGACUGA